AUGUUACUUAGUUUCAUCGUCAUUUGUCUAUUUAAUUUCACUGUGAAAGCAGAUGUCGAUGACUUGGAUCUACAACUCAAAAGUUCUGUCGCAUCAAUAUCAGAGUCAUUCAAUAAUCUAAUGGAAGACAUUAAGAAUUUCUUUAAAUGCAAAUUCCAAUCAAUUUUACACAGAAAAUCUGUAACGAAAAAUGCAUUCUACAAGUUUAUAUCGGAAUCUACCAACAAGAGUUUAACAAAAAAAUGUGGUGAAGACAGGAACACUAGAACUCUCGGUAAGGAAAAGAUGGAUUUUGUUCCCAAAGCCGAUAAACAUGGAGAUAAUGAACAGAUGGAUAUAAUUAAAUUAGUAGGAUUGCACGGGUUCAGGCUUGAAACUCAUACAACACUAACAGCAGAUGGAUAUACGCUAAUGUUACAUAGAAUACUGUUUCGUGAUUCAGAUGGGAAAGAAAUGAAAAAGGUUUUACUACACCACGGUCUUCUGGGUAGCUCUGAAGACUGGAUGCUCCUCGGAUCGAAGAAGGCUCUCCCGUAUUUACUAUGGAUGUCAGGUUACGACGUGUGGCUAACGAAUGCCAGAGGGAACAAGUAUUCUAAAGUACAUACAAGGCUGCCGGCAGACUCUGCUGAUUUCUGGGAUUUUUCUUUUCAUGAAAUCGGAAUUUAUGAUCUGCCGGCUGCCAUAGACUACAUCAAAGAAAUUGGUGACAGUAAAGCGGAACUUCACUACAUCGGUUACUCUAUGGGAGCCACAUCGUUAUUGGUAUUGUUAUCCACUUAUCCGCAAUACAAUAACAUUUUUAAAUCAGCCAUUUUGCUUGCACCUUUGGCUUUCAUGUACAAUGUCAAAGGUACGUUCCGGUAUUUUUCGGAUAUGAAUAAAUAUGGGUUUGUACAUUAUUUAGGAAAUAAGGAAUUUCAACUCAAUAGUAGUAUUCCUAAACAAAUUUUUACCAAAUAUUGUGUUGGUGACCCCCAAUUAUGCCUUAAACCAAUAUUUCUGCUGACUAAUGGAGGAAAACACAUACCAAAUUUGGAACUUAGUAAUGUUAUAAAAUCUCGUGUAUCUGGCGAAGGUUCCGCCAAGACUAUAAGACAUUACAUUCAGUUAGUAAAUAGUGGUCAGUUUCAAAUGUUUGAUUACGGACAUGAAGAAAAUUUAAAGAAAUAUGGUAUGCCGUCUCCGCCCAGCUACCGCUUGAACGACGUGACAUUGCCGGUCGCCAUCAUAACGUCGACUGAUGAUUGGCUGUGUACUAUCUCUGACACAGCAAGUUUGUUACCAUUCUUAUCGAAUCCAAUCGUUCAUCAUGUAAUUAAGAGGAAUCAAUUCAGUCACACAGAUUUCUUGUUUGGCGAAGAUGCCCCGCAAUUAGUGUAUAAUCUUAUCAUUGAUAUAUUAUUGGAUCCAAAAUCAUCAAGGUUUCAAAAUGAUGACACUGUUCGUAAUUUCGUUCUAAGGAAAAGAUAAAGAAAUAACAGUUUAUUAAUGUAAGCAGCGAUUUCAAAAUAUUAUUUGAAUCCAAACCUUGUAAUAACAUACUCUUUUUGUGCCUUGGUAAAUUACAUAGGUAGUC